UAGCAUUUCGAACUUUUCCCUAGUAAUAAAUAAAAAGUAGUUUUACUUCGAAUAUUCACAUGUCGAAACUAGAGAAAUACUGUUUGAAACAUACUUUGACGGAUCCGGCAAAAGCUUCUUACUUUGGCGUGAGUUUUAAUCACCAUGACCCACAAAAUAACAUUGUUUUCGCUGUUGUUGGUGGACGUAAUAUUAUAAUUGCCCGUUUUGACGAUAACAAAGUGGCACUUAGCAUACUCCAAACUUAUGUGGACGAAAAUGAAGGAGAAAAUUAUUAUUGUUGCGCUUGGUCUAUUGAUCCGAACGUGGGAGCGCCAUUACUUGCUGUUGCUGGAGCUACAGGAAUUAUUAAAAUUCUAAACACUAGUGUAGGAUCGGCUAUAAAGGCUCUUACAGGGCACGGUGGUGAAGUUAAUGAAAUUAAAUUUCAUCCAAGAGAUCCUUCACUACUUUUCUCCGCAAGUAAAGAUUUUUCUAUACGCUUAUGGAAUUUAAAGACUAUGCAACCUGUUGUGGUCUUUGGUGGAGAUCGUGGCCAUCGUGAACCAGUUUUAAGCAUUGAUGUGCAUUUAACUGGUGAUUUCUUGGUUUCUUCUGGAAUGGAUAACGCAGUGAAAAUAUGGACGUUAUGUACUCCAAUAAUUAAAAAUACAAUAGAAUCAUCAUAUAAUUCAAGAUCGUCGCCAUCUCACCACUGCCAGAAAAAAAAAAAUUGUUGUUCAUCGCAUGGUACAACACCUUUUCCAGUAAUUGUGCAUUAUCCAAUAUUUUCAACAGCACAAUUGCACAAUAACUUUGUUGACUGUGUAAGAUGGUAUGGUGAUUUAUUAAUGUCGAGAUGUGCUGCUGAUGCGAAGAUUGUAUUGUGGAAGCCUGACGUAGAAUUAAUGGCGUUCGAUAAGUCUACCGUCACAUCGGUAGUCGUAGGUGGACCAGCUGUCCCUAGUAAAAUACAAUCAAAUUUUGAUAUAAUUUGUGAAAUGGAAUUUGAACAUUGUGAUAUUUGGUUUCUUCGCUUUGGAAUUUCAUAUGACUAUCGAAUGCUUGCGACAGGGAAUCAAGCAGGGCAAAUUUAUAUAUGGGAUUUUCAGGAUAUUCCACAUUAUAUUGAUUAUUAUAUCGAAAAGAAAAAAGCAGAGUAUUCGGGAACGAAAAAGGAAAAAGCUACAAAAAAGAAAGGCAGUACUUCCGUUGCUAAUAAAAAGACUAGUGAUAAAACUGAUACAUUAGUAAGUGGAAGUAGUUCUCAUGUAAGUGAAAGUGCAGAUAUUAAGAAACCUAUUAUCCUUGAAUCAUUAUCAUGUGAGAGCAUAAUUCGACAAGUUGAUUUUUCAAAAGAUAGACAAUGGAUUGUAGCAGUUUGUGAUGACGCUUCGAUUUGGUGUUGGAAAGAUGUUGGAAAUAAAGCGAUUGGAAAUGAUGCGAUUGAUGGCAAUAGCAUAAAUCAUUAAUAAGACAUUUAAUUGAAAUUAUUAACCAAGCGCGAAGUAAAGCUUGGACUCACAAAUCAGUUUGUAUAGUAUAUUUUUGUAUUAGUUAUUUUAUCUCAUUAGUACUUAUGCGCAUAGAAUUUAACUAAUUUAUAAAUUUAUUUAUCAAUAAUGGACAAAAAAAUACGUACAAAAAAAAAAAAUCAAAGAAAAAAUAAGGGUGGUAGUUUUUUGGUGAUCGAUUCCCGCAAACAAUGGUGGUUGUAUAAUUUUUAUUUAAUAAGUUAAAUACAUAUGUAAUAAUAGGGUUAGGACUUAGGAUUUUUACUACGCCAACAAAUUAUAUUACAUGAUUGUGUUAUUGUAUUAUUUAUCAAAUAAUUUAAGUAAAGACUUAAAAAAGUAAAACAAAAGAAGCUG